CUCUCCCAUUACACAUGAAUUAUGCUCUCUUUUCUCCACUUUCUUUCAUAUCUCUCCUCUCCAUCUACCCUUUCUUCUUCUUCCCAAUCACAACCCCCACUACAUUUACUUUGCUCUUAUGGGCGCACUCAAAUUCUUCUCCAUUUUCUCUUCAACAAAUAACACUCGUAAUAACAAUGGCCUCUUACCCUCCUCCAAUACAAUCCGCCAAAACCUCAUCAAAGAUUCCAAUUCCAAUAACAAAGAAGAUGGUUCAAAUAACCCAGUUUUUUGUUUCUUGCAGCGUUUUAUGUCAGGAGUGAAAAUCGAUGGAGGGUCGAGAACAGAAGAGGAAGAGAAGGUUUACUCUUGGUUAUACACGUUGGCGCAGGCGGACAGAGAUAUCGUUUUUGAGUAUGUUCGAUCAACUGAAAGGGGCUUGAGCUUCACUGAAGCUGAGAGGAGAUUAAAAGAAAAUGGCCCAAAUGAUCCUCUUCAAUAUACAUUUCCUAGCUGGUGGCAUUUUCUUUGGAAUGCAUUUUUUCAUCCUUUCAACAUCAUUCUGAUGGUCUUGUCAGCACUCUCGUACUUUGCCAGUGAUAAUCCAAAUGGGUGCAUCAUGCUCAUCCUGGUUCUUAUUAGUGUUUGCCUCCGCUUCUACCAGGAAUAUAGCAGUUCGAAAGCAGCUAUGAAACUUUCAGAAUUUGUAAGGUGCCCGGUUAAGGUUCAAAGAUGUGCAGGUCGAGUUGUUCAGACUGAAUUAAUAGUUCAAGUUGAUCAAAGAGAUGUUGUUCCAGGUGACAUUGUCAUUUUUGAACCUGGGGACCUUUUUCCUGGUGAUGUGAGAUUAUUGUCCACCAAAAACCUGGUUGUGAGCCAGUCCUCAUUAACAGGAGAGUCUGCAAUAACUGACAAGACAGCUGACAUCAGGGAGGACCAGAGCACUCCUUUGUUAGAUUUGAGGAAUAUUUGCUUUAUGGGCACAAAUGUUGUAUCAGGAAGUGGAACUGGCCUAGUCGUUUCCACUGGAUCCAAGACUUAUAUGAGCACCAUGUUUUCAAAUAUAGGGAAGCAGAAACCACCGGAUGGCUUUGAGAAGGGUGUCCGCCGGAUAUCUUUUGUGCUCAUUUGUUUUAUGAUAGUGGUAGCUACAAUCAUAAUAUUGAUUGAUUAUUUUACAUCUCAUAAUCUAAGUGGGAGUAUUCUUUUUGGAAUCUCUGUUGCGUGUGCCCUCACUCCUCAGAUGUUUCCCCUUAUUGUUAAUACAAGUCUUGCAAAAGGAGCACUUGCUAUGGCUAGAGACAGAUGCGUUGUUAAAAGUUUAAAUGCCAUACGAGACAUGGGAUCCAUGGAUAUCCUUUGCAUAGACAAAACUGGUACAUUAACCAUGAACCGUGCAAUCAUGGUAAAUCAUCUUGAUGGCAGGGGAUUACCAAAAGAAAAGGUUUUACGUUUUGCAUUUUUGAAUGCUUACUUCAAGACUGAUCAGAAAUAUCCCCUGGAUGAUGCAAUAUUGGCAUAUGUAUAUACAAAUGGAUACAGGUUCCAAGCAUCCCAGUGGAAGAAGAUAGACGAGGUCUCUUUUGAUUUUAUACGAAGAAAAGUAUCAGUCGUCUUAGAAACAGAGUCAGAUAUAGAAGACAGAAGUAGCCAAUUCCAUCGUAGAUUCAUGAUAACUAAAGGAGCAUUAGAAGAAGUAAUCAAAGUUUGUUCUUUUGUUGAGGAUAUUGAUGAUGGUUCAAUUAGUAUACUCUCUCCAGAAGAUCAACAGAGGAUAUUGAAUACUGGGGAAGAAGCAAACAAUGAGGGAUUACGGGUUAUAGGAGUUGCAAUGAAGACGCUACAUAAUCGAAAAAGUGAUCAAAACAGCACUGGUGAGGAUACUGUUGAGUCGGACAUGGUGUUUCUAGGCCUUAUAACAUUCUUUGACCCUCCUAAGGACACAGCAAAGCAAGCUCUGUGGCGGCUAGCUGAGAAGGGAGUGAAAGCAAAAGUUUUAACAGGUGACUCACCCUCCCUGGCAAUAAAGAUUUGCCAGGAGGUUGGCAUCAGAACCACGCAUGUAACUACAGGACCAGAACUUGAGCUACUCAGCCAAGAAUCCUUCCACGAGACUGUUAAAAGAGCAACGGUACUGGCUAGGCUAACCCCAACUCAGAAACUCCGAGUAGUACAGUCCUUGCAGACAACCGGUCAGCAUGUAGUUGGGUUCCUGGGAGAUGGUAUAAAUGAUUCACUUGCAUUGGAUGCUGCACAUGUUGGUAUAUCAGUUGAUUCAGGGGCAUCAGUUGCAAAAGACUUCGCUGACAUUAUUUUACUUGAGAAGGAUCUCAAUGUCCUCGUUGCUGGAGUUGAGCAGGGCCGUCUAACCUUUGGUAACACCAUGAAGUACAUCAAAAUGUCAGUUAUUGCUAAUGUGGGAGGUGUUCUUUCACUCCUGAUUGCGACCAUUUUCCUGCAAAUUGAACCAUUAACUCCAAGACAGCUCCUGACACAGAAUUUCUUAUAUAGUGUGGGUCAGAUUGCUAUUCCAUGGGACAAUAUGGAGGAAGAUUAUGUGAAAACUCCGCAGAUAUGGUCUGAGAAAGGCUUACCCAUGUUCAUCUUAUGGAAUGGUCCUGUAUGUACUCUCUGUGAUGUAACUGCGCUUAUUUUCCUCUGGUUCUAUUACAAAGAUUCUGCAGAACUGGAUGUCGUAUUCUUCCGUUCUGCGUGGUUUGUGGAAGGAUUACUCAUGCAGACAUUGAUUAUACACAUGAUCCGGACUGAGAAAAUCCCCUUCAUUCAGGAGAAUGCCUCAUGGCCUGUACUUUGUUCUACACUCAUAAUUUCUGCAAUCGGAAUUGCAAUUCCGUUCACUGCAAUCGGACACAUCAUGGGAUUUACUGACCUGCCUUUAUCAUACUUUGGGUUUUUGGUUUUGCUUUUUUUAGGAUAUUUUACAGUUGGCCAGGUGGUCAAGAGAAUUUACAUUUUGGUUUACAAAAACUGGCUUUAGAUGAGAAUAAAAUUAUGCGAGAAGAGUGCACA